UUAUAAACCCGCGGUCACACUUCUGCAAAAUAACAACCAUAAUAAAUGUUUAAAAUUGUGCCGAAAAAUGGCACAAUUAAGCCCCCUGGUCUAUUGGUCACAGACCAAACAAACGCUGCAGCUGAAGGUGGAUCUCAAGGAUGCAAAGGGCGCCAUAGCGGACUUUUCGCCGGUUUCAGUUUCCUUUAGUGCAAACGGUCAUGGGGCUAGGGGUGUGAAUGCAUACAAAUUCGAACUGCAUUUCUAUGCUCUGAUUGAUGACGAGAACGCCACCUUUGUGGUGAGCGACAACAAAAUAGAGCUGCAGAUAAGAAAACUGGAGCCGUCAUGGUGGCCCCGUCUUGUGGCCACUCCCCAGAAACCCCACUGGCUGAAGAUAGACUUUGACCGCUGGCGCACAGAAGACGAUGUGGAGGUAGAGGAGGCACCGCGCGAUGUGCGACAGGACUAUGAGAAGGAAUACAACGACCUGCAGAGGCGCGAGCUCGGUUAUGUCAAGGAGAAAACCAAAAAGGUAUACCUGAUGUUUUACAACCUGGCUAUGUUUGUGGGAUACUUGUAUGUGGUGUCUGUCAUGGGCGUGCUCUACUACCGCGAUGGCUCGGACAGCAUAACCAAGACGUACGCCCAUGUGGGAAAUGCUUUCAAAUUUGUCCAGCUGCUGCAAUACCUGGAGGUUAUGCACCCGCUCUUUGGCUACACCAAGGGAAGCCCCCUAGUACCCUUCUUCCAGGUAUCGGGACGCAAUUUCAUUUUGUUUUUGAUGAUCGAAUUGGAGCCCCGUAUGCAUGCCAAGCCAGUGGUGUUCUAUGUGUUCAUCAUUUGGUCCCUGGUUGAGCUUAUACGCUAUCCAUUCUAUCUCAGUCAGCUGUUAGGCCGCGAGGUUGGACUUCUCACCUGGCUGCGCUACACCAUCUGGAUACCGCUCUACCCCAUGGGUAUCGUUUGCGAGGGCAUAAUCGUGCUGCGAAACAUUCCCUACAUCGAGGAAACGAAACGUUUUACAGUGGAAAUGCCCAACAAACUGAACAUCACCUUUGACAUGGUUCUCUUCCUGAAACUCUACCUCCUACUGCUCAUCUUGCCGGGCACUUAUCUCGUCAUGUCGCACAUGUCCAAGCUGCGUGCCAAGAAGCUUGGACGAGGUCGCGGCAAACGCAGGCAACUACACGCCGAUUAGUUUACGCACUGCCAGGUGCAAUGUUUCGUUCCUUUUACGACAACUCGUUUAGUUGUUAUACCCUUGCAAAGGCUCUUGUAAAGUUUCCCUUCUGUAACGCACAGACAAGACAAUUUCCGACCGGAAAAACCCGAAUUUAUCUAGCCAUGUCCGUCUGGCUCGAUGCAUGCAAAUAUGUCUAUAAGCUUACAGCGAUAUCGUUGUAACUGUUCACAUUUUAUUAUCCAUAAUAUCAUAGGGUAGAGAGACUUUUAAAGAUAAUCCAUUCCUUGCUUUCACACUGUGUUUCUGUAUAUUUUUCAUGUUGCCCAUGUGUGCAUAUGUAUGGGAAAAGCUAUCUGGUUCACGUGAGAAUUGUAACCCCAUCUGUCCAGAAACAGCUAAACAAACAGAUUUUUGGUUAACCCUGUCGCCCAGCUGCAAGGGUAUUUUGUACUUCGGCGUGCCGAUGGUAUUUUUAUGCAUUUUCUAGUUGCGUUUUAUAGAGCAUGAAACCCAAAGAAUUACCUAUACAUAUUAAUUAUUGAUGAUCAUUAAAUUUUUUCCUUAUU